AUUUACAGUGACUGGUAUUUUUGGUCUGUUGAGUGUCACAAAGAAGGGGUCGUAUAUUCCCUGUUUCUUUUCGCUUUCAAUUCUAGCAUUUCUGAUGUCUAUUAACAUGUUCACAUGGGCUUCUGCUAAUAUAUCGGAAGGGUAUAGUGAUCACGAUUCCAUAUAUGGCUGUAUCGAUUGGAGUUGCAAAACUAAAAUAACACCAACUACUUACAUGAGCUACUAUACAUUCUAUCCCUACCCCUACUAUACAGAAUAUCCUAAUAAUUGUUACAAUUGUAUGCCUGGUUGUUGUGAAAAUGGCUACACUUAUAUAGAGAAGAACACAACAAAUAAGGUUUUGGUGGACUCGCUCACUGUGGGAUUUGGAGUUUUGGAAACGUUAAUCUGCGUGGUAACCAUAGGCCUUUCACUUUCUCAAUUGAGUUGUUACCUAUGUUGCCGGGGCUUAAACUGCAACUGUUGUCAACCUAAGACUAUUGACCAAUACCAGAUGGUUAUGACCCCCAAUGGUAAUGUGAUGUUGUUAGCUGUACCAAAAGCACAUGGUGUGCCAACAAUGGUAAAUAAUCAACAGAACCAGCCAGUGAUGGUGCAGCACCAACCAGUAAUGAUUCUGAACCAACAUAUUGCUGCUCAGAACCAACUAGUAGGGACUCAAUCUCCACCAAAUUUUGCAACUGGAGAACUUGCUGGAACUGGAGAACAAGUGCAUGGUGCACUACAACCAGUAACAGUCCAGGCUCAGGGGCAACCAAUGUUGGCCCAGAGUCCUGGCCAACUAAUGAUGGUAGGUGGACAGGGACCACCAAUGUUGCUCCAAGCUCAGAGGCAACCAAUGAUGGUACAUCAAGGUCAGGGGCAACCAAUGACCAUCCAAGCUCAGGGGCAGCCAAUGAUGGUACAUCAAGGUCAGGGGCAACCAAUGUUUCAACAGCCAAUGUUUGUGCAAGGUAUGGGGCAAGUAGGUAUGGUUCCAGGACAGGGACAGCCAACCAAUCAGACAGUCAUGAUUCCUGGACAGGGUCAAACUCUUCAUACGGUGACCCAAGCUCAGAUACCAAGACCUGAACAACAAAUACAAGCUACUGGAGAACCAGCUGACACUGGAGAAGCAAUGGCAAUGGUAGCUGGACAAGAUUCUGGCAGCAUCUUAAACCCGACUGUGUAAAUUUCCAAUUUUUGUAAUUGUAAACUGCACAAAAAUAGCUACACGGUUGUGUUGGUUUUAAAGCAUUCGCUUUAUGAAAGGGUAUAAUCUGAAUAACUAUAGUAUGAACAACACUAGAUGUUAGGAGGAAUAUAAACAUGAUGAGUCAACUGCAAUGUAAUCUGAUUUAUGUAUACAAAAUAAUAAUAAUUGGAAAUUAUUAUUAUUAUUACAAUUUUAUAAUUUUAUUCAAAAUUAUCUGCAAUAUACAUGUUGCUCAUCAAAGGGAUAUAUUUCUUAGUCUAAUAUAUACUCAGUAUACAAUUCACUGUUAUUUAAAAUUGGAAAAAAGCUAAGUAUUACUACACAGAAUUUUAAAACUGUAGCUUUGUAAUUGAUUGCUUUAAAAGCAAUAUGUUGUAUUCUAUACCGUAAGCUUUUGUGGAUAGUGUAGUGCAUGAUGAAAUAUCAAUGUUAAAUGUUUUUAUAGACUUUUUUAAUGUCUAAAGGUUAUUAUAUGUCUGGGCAAGUUCACAGUAAAUGGACACGAUAUUAUGUUGAUAUUUUCAUGGAAAAAUAGAAUACAGCGGAUUUAGGCCAAACUAUGUGGAACAAAAGAUAUGAUACCAAUGUUUUUGAAAAAGGGUUGCGAUAAGAUAAUCAAAUUGUCUUUCCAAAAGAAAUACGCAUUUUUGUAUUUUGAUACACUACAAAUCCUUUUCCCUUAUAGACAGAUCCUUGACAUAUGGGCCAAUAACAUUUAAUAAUAGCCGCAACUAAUAUAAAAUGCAAGAUUACCAAUUUUUUAAUAUUUUCUUACUAUAUAAAUAUAAGAUAAACAUAUAAAAAUUUUUCCAAUAUACUUCUUAUAGUAACAUAAUUGAGCUCAGUCCUUAUAAUACAAUUAAACAAAAUAUAGGCCUACUACUGUACAUCAAAUUUUAGGCAUUUUUGUCAUGUCACACUUUUGAAUGGUGAAAUACUGAAAAGUAUACCAAUUUAUCAUUAUUUUUUUUACUGCUAAUUGUAUGAUCAUGAAAUGAUUUUUAAUGUGUGGACUUAGUACUGGGUGAAGCUCAGUUCGCUUGGCCUUUUGACGUUUUGAUUGUUUUUUUUUUUUACUCAUCCUGCUUAUUACGGGUACCUGCUGGGCCGAUUUUGAGCCCAUUUGUCCUGGUACCAAAAAAAAUGCUGAUAAAUAUAACAGGCCUCUUAACUUUCGGGACCCUGGCUUCUCCAAUAAUAAAUAAUAGUUUAAACCAUCAUGUAGCAAAGGUUGGGAGUGGAUUUGCUGUCCUCAGAAUUGUAAUCACCCUUCCCCACUAGCAUAGGGGGAUAGGCAGUGCAGCCUGUGCAAAGUACUGGGGCCGAGGGCUUUUAGGAGCCCAUUCAUAAAUAGGCCUAAUAAUGAUACUUAAAAAUAAUUUCCAACUUAAUCUAUUUGAAGAAAAAAAAAAUUCAAGGGCCCCAGUUCCCCCCACCCGAAUCGUUCAAAAUUAUAUUUAAGAAUUUGGAAGACAAAAGAAAGUUAUAUAUUCGAAUUUAAAUCUGUAAUUUGCAUUUCCGGCCACCUAGAUGUGUCAUAAUCAAAAUUUCCCUGCCUUAGCCCCACCAAGGUUAGUCUGCACCCUCCAUCGGUUGACGCUUCACAUCAAAAGGCCUGGCAAUUAAUUCUGCCCUAGGGCUCGUCCUCACCUACCUACACUGCUGCCCUUCCCUGAUCAAUAAGUCUAGCUACAGAUAUGAGCCUUAAUUUAAUAUAUAAGUCAAUCGUGACGUCAUCACCCUUACUCCCAGUGUUAUUUUCCUGUCCCAAAACGUGCACUAAUUCUUUCGUUAGUGCACUGUUUACUUUACUGUUCGUGUGCAAAAUGUGGAAACAAAUUGUACAAGGAAAACACAGAAAGUCACUUGAAAUUUAAUAUAGUGUAUGGAAAAUUAAGGAAUUCUUUGAAUCAAUGAACCUAAUGAACAAAAGAUACAGAACAUUAUUUUAUAGGAAUAUCCUACACCUAUUUUAAAGGCUCAAGAAACGAACUUAGCUGUAGCAGGUGGCCGCCGAAGCCUAGACGGUAACCUAGACUAGAUGAAAUCAAACGAUUUUACCUGUGAGCACAGACUGAUUUGUGGGAAUAGAGAAACCAUGACGCAUCUAUUUUAUGAUUGCAGUUAUAAACUUUAAAAAAAAUGUUAAUAUCUAAUUUUUAUAGUUAAAUUUUACAUUUAUAAACCCAGAUGUUGUUCUGUGAGACCAUCAAAUAAAAGUUUUAAUGAGUUUUGCAAUUUGCAAGCAGAAGAACAUUUUUAAUUAAUGACAGAAAAAGCCAAUAUAAUGAGUGGUAACUAUUAAGACCACUGAUUUUAUAGACCAUUUUCGGGAAAUUCGAAAUAACUGUGGCAAAGGAUUGAUUGUUAACACAUAUUUAUCAGCAAUUUUCGGUAGGCCUUUGAUUUUCUAAGCAUGUGAAGUUAUUUAUAUUAUAGUAUAUUAAGCCAUUUGUAUAAUUGGUUGUUAUUUUUUCUUUUUUGCGUAGGUCUCUUUCUCUAUGUACGACUGUCAUGUUUUGUGUUUUUGUCAUUUUGAAGAAUAAAUGUUUCAAAAGUUAGU